UUCAGAAUCGACAUACCUGAUAUUUGAAACAAUGGAAACGAAUUCAGUUUUCUUGUUUGUAUUGGUAUUGCUUGGAAAUGCAGUUGGUGAAAAUGUUAUUCAUAAGUAUUUUCAUUACUUUGAAGACACUUAUUUUCAUACAAACUCAUCUGGAAUAUCUGAAAAUUGUAGCAAAAUCUUCAAAGAUGGAAUUUUAUCAGAUGAUAUACUCUAUGAUGCUAGUGCCAAACUUCCUUCAGGAAUAUAUCAAGGCAACUAUUUUGAUCUGGGGAAUUUCGACGAAUGUUACAACUAUGUGAAUACAUCUGAAGAAUCUCCUGUUUUUGGAAAAUAUUGUUUGGGUCAAAUGAACACAGAAAUGAUACACACGGAUGUUAGUGGAAAAAUUGAAAAUAUUAGUCUGCAUAGUGGCUUCUGUUUGAAUAGCUACUGUUCUUUGGACGACUUCUCUAAAAUAUUCUACUUACACAAUUUCACUGAAGAUAAAUGCCAUUCUAAGCAAACACAAAGUUCAAUUUUACGUGAAAAUGUCUUUACGUAAGUAUUCUGG